AUGAACGAUUCACGACCUCUUCCACCAGGUUGGAUAACCCAAUGGGAUGCCAACUACCAAAGAUAUUUCUUCGUCGAUACUAGCACCGGACAAUCCUCGUGGAAUGAUCCCAGAGGUCCUCUUCCCAACGCUCCAAGCUCGCAAUUGCCGCCUGCAUACGGCGUUGGAGCCGCAGCUGGAGGACCACCAAACUACUCGCAGCAGGCACCUGCACAGAACUUUGCCCCUACGCCGGAGCAAUACCAAUCGUAUCAGCAGCAACAGCAGCCCCCGCAGUAUCAGCAGAAUGUCCCGCCUGGCGGCUCUGACGAUCGAGGCCUCGGAAAACUGGCUAUGGGCGCAGCCGGGAUCUACGCGUUAUCAAGCGUUUUGAAGCCUCAACACGGUCAUUCCGGAGGCGGCCUGGGUGGCCUGGGCGCCUUGCUGGGCGGGGGAGGCGGUCAUGGAGGGGGUGGAUAUGGUGGCCACGGGUACGGCCAUGGACCAUCGCAUGGUUCUAGCGGGUUCGGCGGCGGCGGUAUGCUUCCCGGCAUGGCGCUGGGUAUGGGCGGAAUGGCUCUCAUGGGCGGGAUGGGCGGCAGAAAGCACAAACGCUACGGAAGGAAGCACAAAGGAUGGGGCAAGAGCAAGGGUUGGGGAAAGCACAAGGGAUGGGGAAUGGGAAAAUGGAAAGGUGGGAAAGGAUUUGGGAAAUGGAAGUAG